GUGCGCAGUGCCGUCGAUGGCGAGGGAAGGGUUCCGGAGGGAUGAAGGUUGAGGUCCGGCGGCUGGAGGGAGGAGGCGCCGGGAGCUCGGUCCCAGGCUGCCAGCGAUGGAGAAUUCUCAGACAGGAAAGCAAACUACGUCUCGUGGGUUGCCAGAGGCACCGGGAGGGGACCGAGCCUUGAGUGCAGGCCAGGGGCGCUCCGCUCACGGGAGGGAGAAGCAGUUCGCGUGCCCCGACUGCGGGCGCGGCUUCAUCCGGGCCUCCGGGCUGACGAGGCACCAGUGCACUCACAGCGCGGAGAAACUGUGGAAGUGCGGGGACUGCGGGAAAGGGUUCUGUUACCCGUCCUGGUUGGAGAUCCACCGCCGCAGUCACACCCGGGAGAAGCCGUUCAUCUGCUCCAUGUGCGGCAAGGGAUUCUGCUGCCUGUCUAACCUCACCACGCACCAGAGGUUCCACACGCGGGAGAGGCCGUUCACCUGCUCCGAGUGCGGGAAGGGCUUCACUCAGUCGUCCUCCCUGCUGACGCACCGGCGGGUCCACAGCGGCGAGCGGCCGUUCACCUGCACCGUGUGCGGGAAGGGCUUCACUCUGUCCUCUUACCUGAUGAGGCACCAGCAGGUGCACACCGGGGAGAGGCCGUUCACCUGCUCCGAGUGCGGGAAGGGGUUCACUCUGUCCUCUUGCCUGGUGAGGCACCAGCAGGUGCACACCGGGGAGAGGCCGUUCACCUGCGCCGAAUGCGGGAAGCGGUUCACUCAGCUGUCCAACCUGGUGUCGCACCAGCGAGUUCACACCGGGGAGAGGCCGUUCACCUGCGCCGUGUGCGGGAAGGGCUUCAGUUACUCGUCCAACCUACGGAAACACCAGCGCAUUCACAAUGGAGAGAGGCCCUUCCUCUGUUCUGAGUGCGGGAGGGCAUUCACGCAGUCCUACGACCUGAUGAGGCACCAGCGGGUCCACACCGGGGAACGGCCGUUCGCCUGCGCCGUGUGCGGGAGGGGCUUCACCCUGUCGUCCAGCCUGGUGACCCACCAGCAGGUCCACACCGGGGAGAGGCCGUUCACCUGCUCCGAGUGCGGGAAGGGCUUCACUCGCUCGUCCAGCCUCAUGACGCACCAGCGGGUCCACACCGGGGAGAGGCCGUUCACUUGUUCUGAGUGCGGGAAGGGGUUCAGUCAGUCAGCUAACCUCAAGCGGCACCAGCAGGUCCACACCGGGGAGAGGCCGUUCACCUGCUCCGAGUGCGGGAAGGGGUUCAUUUUGCCAUCCCACCUGCUGACUCACCAACGGGUUCACACCGGCGAGAGGCCAUUCACCUGCUCCGAGUGCGGGAAGGGCUUCACCCGUUCUGCCAACCUGUUGGCGCAUCAGCGGAUUCACACCGGGGAGAGGCCGUUCACCUGCUCCGUGUGCGGGAAGGGCUUCACUUGGUCUUCUGACCUCCUGACACACCAGCAGGUUCACACCGGGGAGAGGCCGUUCACCUGCUCCGUGUGCGGGAAGGGCUUCACCCGGUCAUCUCACCUGCUGAGACACCAGCAGAUUCACAGCGGGGAGCGGCCGUUCAGCUGCUCGGAGUGCGGGAGGGGAUUCACUCGGUCGUCCAACCUGCUGAGGCACCAGCGGAUUCACAACGGGGAGAAAGUGUGAACUGGCAAAACGCUGAACUUUGAAAUGUUGCCUCUGCAGACCCGUCAGUGAGUUCGCUGUGGGCAAGAAGUUCAGAUCUGCGACUGGCAGUGAAACAGAAGAGAGUUGACGGUGUUAUGAAUGUACCACAGCUCUGAGGGGCCGAAGGGGCGGGAGCAGCCCCCUCCUUCUGGAGAAUCGCAAGAGCACUGUUAAUUCGGGUUGCGGACCCAGGCAAAUGAGAGUCAAUGUAACGGUUUUGGCCAGGGUCUUAAGAGACGCCUAUGCUAAGGGCAUGACCCUGCUUCGCGACAGCUACCACGGAUAUGGACACCCUCGGGCAAUGUGGGGGUGGGGAUUGCAUCACCCUACUUUGAUGGACAUUUACAACUCUGCAAGUCAAGAUAUAAGGGGACUGCAGAAGGCGGUACCCCAGAGAGACGCACCAGAAGGACUCGAUUGCUCAGCGCUCCUGUGAUAGCUGGAAGCCAUUCAAAAGCCACGUGCGCUCCGUAACUCUUUUACCUGGGGAGUGGGUGGCUGAUAAUACCGAGAAGGACUUCGAACUAAUAACAGGAAAACAACGCUCCCCUGAUUCAACGGAGUUGCUUCGUCAAAGACCCAGGAAAGUUUUUUCCGUUUCUCCUCACUCUCUCUAAAACACGUGAAACCCAGCGAUUCCCAAAAAGACUGAAGCCUGCAGACUUCUGAGUGACUUUUAUAUUUCCAACGGACAAUAUAUUAUCCCCUAGACAACCGUCGAGAUUAUUUCUUAAUGGUGAUUAUUGCUAUACCCGCGCUUUAGAUUGAGUUUUGCCGACGUAUAUGAUCUGAACGUUUGUAUUAGCCUUACUUUUGUGCCCCAUUUUAUGAAUAAAACUGUUCGAAAAUGGUGCCAUCAGACUCCAACGGACCUCUCUAUUUUUGCUGGUGAGUUAUCCAGUUAUGGGAUACGUAACACAGGACAGAACUGGGGUCAUGGGUCAUGGCUCCUCACUCCCAG